AUGUGCACUUCAGCAGCGUUUUCCUGCGGGAUUCUGCUGCUUAGCAUCGCUAGUCUGACGGAUGCACUUCCUCCCACACAAACGCUUCAACAGGAACAUCCCUCGUUUGGGAGGUGUACCGUAGACGACACAGGGAAAUCUACGAAUACGAGAAAUACAAGCUUUCUACAGGAUGAUGCUUCAUCUACGUCGGACGAAGAAUGCAUGUUGCUUUUGUCUGAGCAAGACGGCCUCUUCGCGAAUGCGCUGAAUAACAUGGCGAAUCAAGAAGAAAGCACAGGUAUACGCCUCAAUAGCGUGUCCACCUCAGAAGAUAUCGUUUCAGCGGCGACGGAAAUGCUGAGGCAAAGAUGCAUGGAGUGCACGGCUUGCACACUGAGAAAUUUCAAGAAGCACUUGGAAUUGUUCGGCAAUGCGGCAAAAGAAUCGACAGUCGUUGUAUUGGGCUUAGGGCUCCAUGUGCAUGCUUUUUCAAAAAUGGCUAAAAACGUCGUGGUGGUGGAAACUGACUACAGCUUUUGCAGGUCUUUCCUUCGCUCGAAAGCAGGCUCAUGCGUUAUGCAGGCAAACGUGCACAUAUACUGCACACGCCCCAACUCGUCAUUAGAGGAUGAAACUGGGUCAAAGGGAGUGCAACAGCACUUUUUUGCAGCUCGGGAGCUUAUUAGAGACCUUAUUAAGCAGCAAUUUGGCGACGUCCCCGCAAGUACUUUGGCAGUCCUUGGCAGCUUUCCAGUGGCGAAGCUAUUACUGAUGCAGGACUUCCUCGACCAGUCGAGCGUAAUUUUAGCUCGGAGCCGCAUGUGCGCAGAAGGCCUCGAUGCCGUAAAUAAGUCGAUGAGGGCGCUGGCGUCCUUCGAUCUCAGGCACUGUUUGCCAUCCGAUUAUACGGAAAAUAUCAUAUUCCUGCAACGACUGUUUAGCCCUCCAAUGCGCGAACAACCCUGGACAAAUUAUUUAACUGAAGAAUGGGAGUUAAAGGACAACAACUCUCCCAUCUCACUUGUUAACUCUGUCCGAGCAGCAACACAGUGGGUUACAUCUGAUGGAGGUUUUGAUCGUUGGAAACGCUCAGCACUACAGAAGUUCUUGGAUGUUCAUGUCUUAGCGUCGAUGACAGGCUCAGACGGUGAUUGGGGGAAUAUUAAGCUGGCGUUGGAGAAAGUGUUAGAAAGAACUGCCAAGGAGCAGAAGGCUGACGUUGUGCUAGAGGAAAUAAAAAAUUCUGCUCUACAGCUUGCCCGGAAAGCUGCAUUGAGGUCGGGAUUUAAGGAGUACCUUGAGCUCCUGUUGGAUGGUCUGGCCGAAAGGCAUGGCGCAAGCGAGCCGUUUGUUCACGCGCUUAUUUGCGAACUUAUAACCGGGACGGAACGAUACAUCGCAUCGCCAGGUAUUUUGGACAAAAUGAAGGACGCAAUUGAAGAAGCCUGCGAACUGAGUGAGAACACACCCAAACUACUCUUACCAGCACUACGUCUGAUCCGCGAAGGCAUGGGGAGCGAGGAAAGCAUGAGCCACUGUCUUCGCAUCCUUCUCAAGUUGAAGGAAAUUGAUCCAGGUGCUGAUUUGUCAGAGCUUCUGCAAGAGGCGGAGCAGUGA